AGAGACUUUAAUUUUGACAGUAGAGGAAGUACUCACUCAGUGAUGGUUUACUUCCUGUUCUAAACGCGUGAGGGAAAUCCACGCGGAUAGAUACUGCUCUGUUUUCACUCAGUUACUUCUUGGUUAAUGAGCUUUACACUAUUUGUGAACUGCUCGAAUACUUAGUUUAAAUAGUAAUUUUUGUAAACCGUUGACAGCAUGGUCCGAGCAAAAAGGAUAGUAAAAAAGCCUAGAGCAAAGAAGCAGCGAGAAUAUGACAGUGAUGAUCCUGAAGCUUAUAGGAACGAAGCCAUUCCAGAUAAGAAAUCGUCAAAGUAUGUGGAGGAUAAAAUAGAUGAAUUCCACAAUGAAAAAAUCUCGAAACUUUUGGCUCAAGGGAUUCAAGAAGACAGCGAUCAAGAGGAUGAAGAUAAAGCGGAGGAGAUCAUGCCCCUGGCACUUUCUGAUUCAGAUGAUGAUGAGGAAGUGCAGCAAGAGGAUAAUGAAGAAGAGGAAGAGACAGACAUGGAGAGUGACUUGGAAGGAAAGCGAGAUGAUGAUCUCCCAAAUGACAUGGCUUGGGGAACUAAAAAGAAGAUUUUCUAUGAUUCUGAUUAUAUUGUUAAAAAGGGCAAAUCUAUUGAAGACAUAGAUGCAGAAGACAAAGAAGAGGAAGAGGAGGCCAAAAAAAUUCAAACGAGAUUGGCAGCCAACCUAAGUGAGGAAGACUAUGAUCUAAACCUUCUUGAGGAAUUUGCAGCAGAGGCUGAAGCAGAGGAGGAGGAUGAAAAAGAGGAAAGGAUUGUAAAAGAUUUGAAGACCAUGUCACAGAAGGAAAAGCUCAAACUGCUAAAGAAAGAAUCACCAGAGUUGUUGGAACUUAUUCAGGACUUCAAAGCAAAGCUUACAGAAUUGAGGGAUGAAGUUCAGCCUCUUGUGGAGAUGGUCAAAAAUGGACGGAUUCCUCCUGGAAAGGGUGCAAAAUACCUCAUUACCAAACAGCAGCUUUAUCUUAACUAUUGCACAAACAUUAGUUUUUAUUUGGUUCUAAAAGCGAAAAGAAUUCCAGCACAUAAUCAUCCUGUGAUUGAGAGAUUGCUGACCUACAGAAAUCUGAUAAAUGAACUAGGAGCAGUAGAUGCUAGACUGGCUCCUCAACUGCGUCAGCUUCUCUCUGGAGAACAGCAAGACAGAACUUUAAAGAAAUCAGCAAGCAGCAAACAUAUCAAAGUUUCAGAAAAGGCUAGGCUGGAAGAAGCAGAGGAGUCAGAAUCCGAUGAGGAAGCGAAUCUGCGUUUUUAUAACGCCAUGGCAGAGAGACAGAAACUCAAGAGGAAGAAGAAUGAAAUGCAGAACGAGGACAGUUUGGUGGAGGAGGAAAAGAUGGAGGGAGAUGCUAAAAGAGGGAUCACCUAUCAGAUGUCCAAGAACAAAGGGCUCACACCCAAGAGGAAGAAGAUUGAUCGGAAUCCCAGAGUCAAACACAGAGAGAAGUUCAGACGUGCUCAGGUUCGUCGGAAGGGUCAGGUUCGUGAGGUGCGGCGUGAGGAGACGAGAUACAGUGGAGAAUGGUCUGGUAUUCGUGCCGGAGUUAAAAGGAGCGUCAAACUCAAGUGAUAAAUCUACAGAUGAUACUCAUCCAAGCUUCAACGUGAUAUUAAAAAUGAACUUUUCUGGUGUUUUUGCAUUGUGUAUACUUGGUAUCACAGAUAUUAACAGAUGGAGUUGACACGUUUAACGCAACUGCUCAAACAGCAAAUGAAAUAAAAUCAAGUUCUGAUCACAGUAAAAUGCUAAAUUAUUUUUGGUGAUACAUGUGAAGAAAGAGUUUAUUUUUUAAUACAUUAAACAGUCAUCCUAUAUUACUCAAAAUUUA